UUAUUUUGAUACAGAAAAAUGGCGGCAUCGACUACAGCUAAUACCUCUGAGAACGCGGGGGAGUCGUCUGCGUCAGAAGCGGGACCGGGCAGUGAUUUUUGCUCCGCACAGGAGCCUGUGGUGUUGCGGAAACCGGCGGUGAAGUUGCUGACACCGGUGAGCGGCGUGGAGCCGCUGUCGUGGUCGGAGGAUCACAGACUGGCGGCCUGCAGCACUAACAGCGUCUGUCUCGUGGAGCUGGUGUGUGAUGUACACAGUCUCAGUCAAGAUCUCGUGCUCCACCGAACUCAUGUCCCCGUACCGGACACCGUGCACGAACUAAAGGUGGGUCCCGAAAAAGAAGUUCAGGCUGUUAAAGAAAUGUUCGCAAGAAGUGAAAAUCCCGUAAUAGCCCAAAUGACAAUGAUUGACAGAGUCAUGAACCCUCAAAGUGGACAUCUCCAUGGAGUCAAGUACACUAGCUGGUCACCUUUAGGCUGUGACAGCAAUGGCCGCAGUCUUCUUGCCUUUUUAACACUGGACAAUCGUCUCACAAUCCAGGGUAGUCACAAGCAUUUGCAGUGGACAUCCCUCUUGAACCUCACAGAACUUUAUGGUGAAAUGUUGAAGUCCAGAAACUACGCUGCCCAGAAUGAUGGCUCGUCGCCGUCCCCUUUUUCUGACUUGGAUGAGCUGCAGAGACGGUAUCGAAUGCAGACGCCUGUGCGCAUGGAGUGGUCUGGCCUGUGCAAUACGCAACAAGUUCAGACCAACAAUGAAUGUAAAGACAUUAGCACUGUUCUUAUGGCUGUACUAAUGGAGAACGGAGAUCUAGUUGUGUGGCAUUUCAGCUUGCCCCUACAGGGGAAGGAUUCAGUGGUGUCCUGCAACACCAUAAAGUCUGAAGUUUCAUCGCCAAACGUGCUCACCUGGUGGGAAUAUGAGCAUAGCGGGCGAAAAAUGAGCGGGUUGAUCGUGGGUAGCUCAGUUGGGCCUGUAAAGAUUCUUCCGGUGAAUCUUAAAGCAGUGAAGGGCUAUUUCACCCUCAGACAACCCGUGACGUUAUGGCAGGAAAAGGACCAGAUACCUGCCCACAACAUAAAAUGCAUCACUCUCUUCCAUCCGCACCAGAAAUGCAACUGCAGCCUUGUGGUGGUCGCACGCGGCUGCUACGUGUUCUGGUGCCUGUUGCUCAUCUCUAAAGCUGGUCUCAAUGUUCACAAUUCCCACGUCACGGGCCUUCAUUCCACCCCCAUCAUUUCCAUGACGGCUAGCCGUAAAGACGGCUCUAUAUUCACCUGCUCCCUCAAUGGUGUUGUUAAGAAGCUCACGCCCGUUUUCACAGAUGUUGCAGUGGUAUUCAAACAGCAGGAGAUUGUUCUGCCAGAAGGAGUGGCAGGACGACGUAUACACGGAAUAUCCGUCAGUCCGAAUGGUGCCUACCUUGCCCUGGUCUCCAAUGAGGGCAUGAUCAAUGGACUCCACCCUGUCAGCCGCACCUACCAGGUGCAGUUCAUUACCCUCAAGACCCCCGACGAAGCGGCUGCUGAACUCCUCGAAUCCCAAAUGCAGAACCUUUUCGGACAGACCGACUUGUUGGAUCUGCUGCGAUGGCGGGUACUGAAGGACAAAUGCAUCCCUCCGUUGCUCCAAAAGGAGUUAGACGAGAAGCUCCAAGGAUCCAAAGGGACCACCUACUUAUGGCGGCUUAAGCUUUUUCUUCUCCGGACGCUUCACAAAUCAAUGCAAAAGACCCCUACUCAAAUCCUGUGGAGACCGAACGAUAAGGAUGGUAAAGUGCUUGGUGAUGAUGAGGCAGGUGGGGAGGAUGAAGAUGACACAGACAUUUCAGCUCUAGAUGAGUCCAAGCAGGGGGAUGCUGAUCACUUCUGCAGUGAGGAACGAAUGAAGGAGAUCAGCGGCUGGAUUGAAGAGGUGGAGUCCCAUUUGACCCGCGAGAAUAUGAUGAAGGUGCUGGGCGAGGUGUACCUACACACCUGUGUCACUCAAAACACGUGUAUACCUACCAAAGGUGUAUGUGACUUUCUCACAAAUGACCCGGCAAAUGAAGACAGGGCCGCCAAGGUGCUGAUGGGUCAUAUCAUGAACAAGAUGAACAAGCAGACAUUUCCAGAGUACUGUAGCCUCUGUAAGGAAGUUCUGCCCUUCACAAGCCACAAACAAGCGGAGUGUAAGAACGGGCACAGAUGGCUCAGGUGUGUGCUGUCAUAUCAGGCCUGUCAGGGUGUAACGUACCGUCGCUGUAUGUUGCAGGGCAGUAUUGCCUCAGUUCCAGAGCCCGAGGACCCAGACUGGAUAAAAAAAAUACUCAAAGGUCCCUGCAUCUUUUGUGACUCACCGUUCUACUGAACCAGCGGCUGUAAAGAUGACAAAUACCCACUGCUGACUACUGGGUGACAAAAAAAGGCUACACUCAAAAGAAUACAAAAUGUUUUUUAUUUUCUUAAAUGACAAAUAUGUGAAUGUAAAUUCUUUGAAUGUAUAUUUUGUAAUAUAAGACGUGAAAAAAUAUUUUAAAUCCAAGCUGUAAUAAAAAAGGCUAAAUUUAAUAUUGAAAUGGGUAUUCUAUGCUGUAUUUUUGAUUUGUUAAUAUCAUGUUUUCAUGCUUCUUCUGCAUUAAAUAUGCACGCUCUUCCCUCGGUCGAUUUUAAUUGGUUUAAAUAAAUCGAUUUCCUAAUUGGCUUUGGAAAUAAUUUUUGUGUAUCCGCAAACACCUUACAGCCCCCCUUCCUCCAUUUCCAAAUAAUGACUUUUCCGUGGCCUGAAGGAACAGAAGACGAGGGCAGAGGAAUGUAAAAGGAAAUGAAAAACAGUCAGACUCCGAGCAAACUGUUUUAAAACUGAUCCUGCCCCUCCGAAGGGCCGGACUCUAAUGAGAUACGACAGUAAUGAGGAAUGGAUCCCGGCCGCAUAUGUGAUACCCAUUUUAAUUAAGGUAGCGAGGUUGAGUGGAUAUUGUUAAAUAUAGUUACCCCCUUUUUGUGGGCCACAGGGGAGACGCACACAGGCCGUGUACCCUGACACCCCUUUCCGUGCGAUAUCGCUACUGGUGAAAGGCAGCCGUGUGUGAUCAAAGAUAGAUUUGGGCCUGUUGGACCCUCCGCCACGUCCGUUCUCAUCCCCAGUACAUCCUGUGUCUGUGCCCUGGGUUCUCUCUAGUGUCACUGAAGAUGAUAGCUCGCCUCGGGGCUAGACAGCAGCCCUGUCUUAGGUUUCGGAUGGUAUCCCGAGAUAAAGAUGGCCUGAUAAUUACAUACAAUUCGGCUCGCCGUCUCUCACUCGGUGUCACUGCAGAUAUUGUUCAGAGGGCUUAAAAAAUAGCUUGUGUUUACUUAUUUGCUCCUGGUUUUAUUACGAUCCAUUCUGAAACAUUGCCAUAUCAUUACAAAUGUAAAUGCAAUGCAUAAGGGGUGGUUGAUUAUGAGGUAAUAAUGUGUGUGUUGAUCAAAGGGGGACUAAACACAAAGGCAGGGCUCAGAACUGCUAAUGGCGUCUGCUGCGUGUCACGGCAAAUUUAUUCUCUGACAUAUUGUGAUAAGCAUCUAAUAACAUUAAUUUAAAAGAUGAUUUUUAAACGGCGUAAUACGGAAACGAAAAGCUUACAGUGCAUAUUAAUAGUCACACAUGCUAAAUGUCACAGAUUUGAUUGUAACCGUAAGCGUGAUGGAAAUUCUGAAGUUUUUUCCCCCCUGCCGUGGGAUUCUUCGCUUAGCUAUUAGAUUGUCAAAUGGAUCUUGGCCUUGUGGUUUGAGUGCUAGCUUUGUUGAUAGGUGGAGACUCCUCCUGUUGAAGAGGUUACCUCUGUUUGGCAGAACCUCCUACUUCUUUAAUAUAACAAUCUGUCAAAAAACAUUUCGACAAUAAUUAUGGCCCCCUCCUCCUUUGUGUGUGCUCUUUCAAGACUUCAAAAGAAGGUUUCGCUCUUUUCUCGGUAUUACAUAUUCAUCACGUCUGUGUUCGUGUCUAUGUGCUUUAAACAGACAGACACAUUUUUUAUUAUUAUUAUUUAAUCUUAUAUUCUCAUUGUUCUAUAAUGUGUUUUGAUAUACAUCACCUUUUGUUAAACACUCACUUUGUUCACAAACAGCACGCUAAACAUUGCUCUUGAUGUCGUUCCCUUGAUCAAUGCGUUGCACAUUUUCUUUUGCUAAAAUACAGUUUUUUUUACUUUUUGUUUGUAGAUCCUAAAUUGGGAAGCUGAAUUAGGUUCAAAUUGAUCUGUAAUCCAAUCUUGACCCCAUCACUGAGUAUAGUAUAGUUUUAUUAUAUUUUCCCGAAGCUUAUUUUUAUAAACAUAUAAUUGUUUAUUUAUUAUGCUGAAUUUAUUUGAUGUAACUUCCUAAUGUAUAUUUUUAUGUACAAUAAAUAAAUACACUUUUUGUGUAAAAUCAAAUUUUA